AUGCUGGCGCUUCGCGGGCGUGGAUCCUGCCGGGCUUGGACGGCCGUGGCCGCGGCGCUCUGCUUCUCCGCCUGGUUUGGCGCCGGCGCCGCCUCAGCCGCCGGCGUCCCUUUCCACGCGAACGCGUUGAGUUCCAACUCCAUCAAGAACCCGCCCGCCGGCGGCUCCUCGCUUAGGAGCGGGGCUAUAUACGACGGGAGCAAUAAAAGCCGCGCCGGCGAUUCGCAGAAGCUCGCCUUGUGUGAUGCGGACGAGGAUUGCAACGCCGAAGAGUUUUGCUCCACCCCUGCCCGGGGGGGCAUCUCCGGAGGAGGAGGAGGAGGAGGAGGUGGGCUGGUUUGUCUGACCUGCCGCAAACGCCGCAAGCGCUGUUUCCGCCACGCCAUGUGCUGCUCGGGCAACUUUUGCAACAACGGUAUGUGUGUAGAAUUUGACCAUUUUCAUUCUGGAAGGUUUGAAGAGAUCAUCAUAGAAAAUUUUGACCAUGGUACUGUGGACUCCCAUCUGAAAAGGACCACAACUUCAUCUCAAAUGUACCACAUAAAAGGCCAAGAAGGUGCUGUAUGUCUCCGCUCCUCAGACUGUGCUGAAGGACUCUGUUGUGCCCGCCACUUCUGGUCCAAGAUUUGCAAACCUGUCCUUAAGGAAGGUCAGGUGUGUACAAAGCACCACAAAAAAGGCUCCCAUGGUUUGGAACUCUUCCAGCGCUGUUACUGCGGGGACGGACUGACCUGUCGACUGCAAAAAGACCACACCAUUAGCAACUCUUCAAGAUUACAUACUUGCCAGAGACAUUAGCAGCGUUGGCUUUCUUCUAAUCCUGAUGGACUCAGAGGGACUCUCGUUACAGAAAAUACCUUAAAAGACAUUAUUUUUUUCAGAGUUUACCCUAAAGUACUCUGGCAUUUUCCCCUCUCUGCGAAUGGAGUACAAGGCAUGUUUCUUUCAGAAACUAUUUUUCAAGUGACUAAUUGCAGUAAAUUACUGUGUCUGUAAAUUCUUGGGUGUGGCACUUAACUGUACACUGUACGGAAUUUUAAUUUUUCCCAAAGUGCUGCAUGAUGUCUAUUCUGACAUGCGUUAUACACACUGGUUUUAUUAUAUUGAACGUUAAGAAUUGUUUGGUGGCAAGUUUAAUAAAAACUUUUAAAUA